CAUUGGAAGCUGGGUGAUAUAGCUUUAGCUAGAAUUUGCAAGAAAGUUUACGCAAAAGUACGAGUGGUGAAUAGCGAAAAAGGGUUGUUUUACGGCGAUAAAGUUUUAGGAAUAGCUCCUGAUGAAGAUGGCAUAAAUAUCACGAAAGAGCUUUGCUAUUAUGUGGAAAUUAUUCGCUCAGGAUGUAAGAUGUGGUUACCAUACACAUGUAUGUUUCUAGCUGAGAGGUCUAGACCUUUCUAUGGAUCAUCCGUGAAAAAAUCCCCGCUAAAACAGGAAAAAGGUGAAAAACCUACUCCUAAAAAGAGAAAAAUUAAAGAAGAUUAUGUGUUACCCAUAAAUGUGAAGCCAUUGAAAUCAAAAGAAGCAGAUCUGAAUGUUUCAUUAGAAAUCCGCCACAUGCCAAAGAAACAAGGGAAGUAUGAGAAUGCUUUCAAUGAGUUCCUCAGACGAGGAAAAGAACAAUUAUUUGAUGAGUUCUAUUUUAACUUCUGUCGUAAUGUUGAUAUUAAUGAUGACUCCUUGUAUUAUUUGCGUAAUGUUGAUGCAAGUACGGAGGACAAAUUUUAUAUGGUCAUAGAGAAUAUAGUAUCUGAUAAGGAAAUCGACAACUUUCUGAGACAGUGUUGGAGGUACAAUUUUCUUUACAAGCAGCCAGAAAUUAAGGAUUCCUCUGAGAGCACUGUAAGUUUAAUUUGCAAAAAGCUCCCAAUAACCAUCCAUGCACCAUGGUGCCUUGUAUGUGGUGAUAAGGAGAAACUUUGGGAGUGUACCAACUGUCCUGCAUCUUUCCACAUUGCAUGUAGAAAAGAGUGGCUUGUCUCAAUCAUCCACCGAAAAAACCCUCCAAAAAAGAUAAAUAAGAAGACAACUUUAAUACAGAAAAUUCUCUCUAGUACUAGAACAAUCAAGACGGUGCAAAAAGAUAGUGACAAAGAAAAUUAUAAUUUGUGCCCAAGCUGCAUGUGGGGACCAAAAGUUGGGUACGACGAUAUAGUCUGGCACAAGCUUGGCUCGUGUCCGUGGUGGCCAGCCAGGAUCCUGACUCCGGGAGAGCUGCCGUCCUGCCUGCUGUCUCGCUCACACUCACCGCAUCAGUGGCCACUCAAAUACUAUGGCGCUCUCAACUACUCGUGGGGCGACACAAACCGCAUGUGUCUUUUUCUUCCCAAGCACUUGGGCGCUCUGCAGGCGAAGGAUGAGAUGUUGAGGCAGGCUGUUCUGGACGCCUGUGAUGACUACAUCGCCGUGUAUCUCACAUAAGGAAUUGCUAAUACCGCUAAUAUAACUAUAUUCGCCGUGAGAAUGCUGUGGA